UCCCCCUCCCCCUUCCUUUCCCCUCCCCCCUCUCCCCCCUCGAUCCCCUCCCCUUCGUCCAGGAACCCAAUGCAGACGGGAAGACGCCAAGGCUCUAAGCCUGGCGCUGGCAGCACCCGUGGGAGGCAGGGACUGCUGCAGCAGGGACGGGCGGGAGGGAGAAGCAAGGAAGAAGCGCGCUUCUCUUCGGCAGCGCUGGCGGGAGCAGCAGCGAGGAGAGAGGGCCAGAGGGCAGCACUGGCAGGCGCUGUUGUUAUGGGCUGCACGAGAUGCUUCCUCGUUCCCGUGGCAGCAGUGUACGCCGGUGCUAAGAGGUGCCUGGCAGCAAGGAUGGGCGGGAGGGAGAAGCAAGAGCGGGCUUCACUUCGGCCGUCAGCAGCAGUGGCGGGAGCUGCAGCAAGGAGGGGGCAGAACUGGCAGGCGCUGUUGCAAUGGGCAGAAGGUGGGAGGCGCCUCCUUUUCCCGUGGCAACAGUGUGUUCCGGUGCUAAGGCGCAGCAGGAGGAGAGCACUCCUGCACUGGGCAGAAGGAUGCUCCUCCCUUUCAUUCUCCAGGCGGCAGCAGCAGUGGCGGGAGCUGCAGAAAGGAGAAGGGGCAGCUCUGGCGGGCGAGGCGCCUGUGUGCAGGAGGCGCCUUCUUUUCCCGCAGCAGCAGUGUGCCGGUGCUAAGGGGAGCGCGACGCGGCAGGCGGGCGGGAGUGUGGAGGAAUGGGGAGCGCAAUUCAUCCUCCCUCCACCAUCCACCAUCCACCGUCCUCGAUCCACCAUCCUCCAUCCACUAUUUACCAUCCUCCAUCCACCAUUCAGCAGCAGUGGCGGGAGCUGCAGCAAGGAGGGGGCAGCACUGAUGGGCGCUGUUGCACUGGGCAGAAGGAAGCGCCUCCGUUAGCAGUGUGUGCCGUUGCUUAAGGGAGCGAAGCUCGGCAGGAGGGAGUGGGGAGCAGAGGAGUAGAGGAGGAGAGGGCAGAGGAGAGCGCAAGCCUGCGGAGGAGGAGGCAGCUGCAACCCAUUCUCCCUCCACCAUCCUCCCUCCACCAUACUCCCCCCACCAUCCUCCCUCCACCAUCCUCCCCCCACCAUCCUCCCUCCACCAUCCUCCCUCCACCAUCCUCCCUCCACCAUCCCCCCCCAACCAUCCUCCCUCCACCAUCCCCCCCCCACCAUCCUCCCUCCACCAUCCUCCCUCCACCAUCCCCCCUCCACCAUCCCCCCUCCACCAGCAUGCAGCGGGAGGCAAUGUUCUGCAGCAGAGAGGAGCGGAUGGGAGGAACGGAGAAGAGCGGCGUUGCAGCAGGAGGGAGCGAGGGAGGGCUGAGUCGCCCGAGCAUGCUGGCGAGGUGGAGGGCGGAGCUGGGAAGAUGGGGGGGUGAGAUGGUGUUGUGGAGUGCGGAGCUGAAGGGUGGUUGACCCGCGAGAAGGAGUGAUGGAGGGUGGAGAGAAUGGGGAAGCGGGCCAGGGGGGGGCAGCUGAGGCAGAGGAGUGGAGGGAUGCUGAAGCAGUAAAGUCAGGUGGAGCAGAGACGGCAGGUGAAGCAGAGACGUCAGGUGGAGCAGAGACGGCAGGUGGAGUAGAGACGGCAGUUGAAGCAGAGACGGCAAGUGAAGCAGAGGCGGCAGGUGAAGCAGAGGGUGCGGCUGAAGCAGAUGGGGAAAGCUUAUGCAGAGAAUUCUCCUGAAUCAGAGAGGAAGCCGAAGCAGAGAGGAAGCUGAAGUGGAAUAUGCAGCUGUAUCAAAUGGUGCAGAGGUGGGAGCUGAAGUAGAGAAGGAAGCUCAAGCAGAGGGUGCGGCAGAAGCAGAGGGUGCAGCAGAAGCUGAGUGUGCGGCAGAAGCAGAGGGUGCGGCAGAAGCAGAGGGUGCGGCAUAAGAAGUUGCUGAAGCUCAAAGGGGGAAGCUGAAGGCAGGGGGGAAGCUGAAGGCAGGGGGGAAGCUGAAGGCAGGGAGGAAGCUGAAGGGGAGGGGAAAGCUGAAGGUGAGGGGGAAGCUGAAGGGGAGGGUAUGGCAUGUCCCAACCAUUGCUGGGGAGUCUAAACCUCCCAACAGCAGUGGCUUGGGAAACUACCUCUUCCCUACUUCCUGUUUUUCAACCACGUGUCUCAACCACUGCCUGGGAGCCCAAUCCCCCAACCAGUGGCUUGGGAGACUACCAUUUUUAUGGCAUGUCCCAACCAUUUCUGGGGAAUUUAAACCAUUGGUCCCAACCACUGCUUGGGAGACCUACCUGUUUCCUAGCCCUUCAUGGCAACUAUAUAUCCUAACCGCUACCAGGGGAGCCAAUCCCCCGUAUAGUGGCUUGGGAACUUGCUGCUUCUUACUAUUACUUGAUUUGGGGUACAUGGAUAUGUUAUCCCAGCCAUUGGUUUGGGAAACCAGAUUUCCCGGCCAAUGGUCUGGUAAACUAUGGGUAAUCUACGGGGGGGACUAGGAUCUCUUUGCCGUGGGCACCAUCUGUCGCAAAGCCACUCACCCGGGGAAGUGAAUCUCCCGGCCAGUGCUCUCGAACAUGGUUCCUACCUACUGUUGUGGGGACUCCGGUCCCUUGCCCCUUUUGGGCCAUGUUUUUCCCGGGCGGCGGUCCCCCACCUCACAGUGGUGUCCGGGUGUAAUGCUAGGGGCAGUGCUAGCGCCCCUGAUGGCCAAGAGGGGGCCAUAUUUAAAAUGUACAGUAGCAGUAUAGGAUAUUGUGACUUCGAUUGGUUGUGUUGUGUGAUGUAGCCACUGUAGAUUCUUAAUUCGUUGGUUUCUGUUCCGUUGUGGUAUCUGUUCUAAUGCUUGCCAUGGUAUCUUCUUAUGGUGUGCGAGGAUUAUUGGAAUUAUG